CUGAUAGUUAACCGCUUUUCAUUUACAGUAUGUGGAUCAGUCGAGAAGAAGCGUGUACUCCGAGACGAACUGGAAGCCAAUCCUUUAGGUUGUGAAUUGACUACGGACAGUGUGCCUGAUACGAAUGUUCUGGCGUGCCUGAUAAAGGAUUUUCUCCGUGAACUGCCAGAACCAUUGAUCCCACCGCAAAUUCAUGCGAUGUUAAUCGAUGCUGGAACGGUGUCACUCCCAAAUGAUGUUCAAGGAAACAGGCAACUUGUGCUACGAAUCAUUGACUGUCUAGCGCCACCGAAC